AUGUCUCAGAAGGUGGUAGCACAAGGAGGAAGUGGAGGAGUUGUUUGGAAUGAUGGCAUUAACAAAGGUGUGACGAAAGUUCAAGUGGGAAAAGAUGAUACUUGUGUGACUUUUGUCAAGUUUGAAUAUGUAAAGGAGAGUUCAGUGGAGUCUCAAGAGCAUGGCAUCAUCUGCCAUCAGCCCGAAGAGUUUGAAGUCAACUAUCCAAACGAAUACAUUACAUCAGUUGAAGGAACCUACGCUCGUCCUGUUUCCAACAUCGUCAUCACAAGUCUUGUCUUCAAAACAUCGAGUGGGAGAACAUCCUGGACAUUUGGGAACGAAAAAUUCGUGUUGGCGAACAACGGUCAGAAGCUUGUGGGCUUCCAUGGGAGGUCAGGGCUUGGUAUCGAUGCCCUAGGAGCGUAUUUUUUGUCGGACUCAGCAGCAUUGCCUAAGAAACUUGAGGCAAAAGGUGGUCCAGGAGGAGGCAUAUGGGAUGAUAAAGUUUACGAUGAUGUGAGCAAAGUGUAUGUUGGAACUGAUGGGGGUUGUGUUACGAAAGUCAUGUUUGAUUAUGUCAAGGCGGGCAUACCUGACACAAAGGCCCAUGGGGUUUUAAACGAAGAACUACAAGAGUUUCUGCUUGAUCCAAACGAAUAUAUCACUUCUGUGGAAGGAACAUAUGGUAGAGUGGCUCGCUUCGGCCUCCCCGUCAUCACAAGUCUUGUCUUCAAAACAUUAACAGGGAGAACCUCCCUCACAUUUGGAUCAAAGAAGUUUGUGCUUGAGGACAAUGGUCGUCAGCUUGUUGGAUUCCAUGGACGAUCUGACACUGCUUUAGAUGCUAUUGGAGCAUAUUUUGCAUUGACACCAAAUAUGUCACAAGCAGCUAAGUAA